AUGGAGUCAAAAAAUUCAACCGAUUUGGUGCAAUUUGAAUCGUUUAUCCGUGUACCGGAAAUAUUUUUCACCAUGAUCGGUGUUGCCCGGUACGGUGAACCGAAGCGUACGCUACAAGCACACCUCAAGCAACUGCUGUUCUGGUCAUCGUGCGCCAAUACCGGCUUCUGUCUGAUCAUCGAGCAUAUCUACUUCGUGAAGGCGGCGGGUAAUUUUACCAACUUUCUUCAACUAACGGCACUGGCACCGUGCAUGGGCUUUACCGCACUGUCCUUCGUCAAGAUCAUGACAAUCAAGCUGAAUGAGACGAAGCUAACGGACAUGUUGCACCGGCUGGAUGCACUGUUCCCGAAAUCGGCAACCCUCCAGCAACGGUACGGUGUGUUUCAGUACAACCGUGAGUCGGAGGUGGUGAUGAAGUCGUUCUCCAUCCUGUACAUGAUCCUGAUCUGGAUGUUUAACUUGCUGCCGUUAGUAUCGAUGGUGGUGGGUUACUUUGCCGACGGCUCGUGGCAUAAGCAGUUGCCGUACUUUAUGUGGUACUGGUACGAUUGGAACGAGCCCGGUUACUUCGCAGUGACAUUUCUGCACCAGAACUGGGGUGGAUUUGUAUCGGCCGUGUUUUACCUAUCGACCGAUCUGAUGUUCUGUGCCAUUGUUCUGCUGGUGUGCUUACAGUUCGAUAUAGUGGCGUACCGGUUGAAGCAUGCACGGCCGGAUGAUCACCAGGAGCUGUACGAGUGUGUGCGCAUUCAUCAGACGGUGAUCGAGCUGUGCAAUGAGCUAGAGCACAUGUUUUCACCUUCGCUGUUGGUUAACUUUCUCAGCAGUUCGGUCAUUAUCUGUUUGGUUGGGUUCCAGGCAACGGCCGGUAUAACGCCAGCGGAUUUGUUCAAGUUUGUGCUGUUUCUCGUCUCGUCGCUGGUGCAGGUCUAUCUGCUUUGUUACUAUGGUAACAAGCUGAUUGUUGCGAGCUCGCAAAUACCCUACAGUGCUUUCGAAGGGCAAUGGAUUGGAGCAUCUGUAUCUUACCAGCGAUCGUUGCUGUUUGUUAUGUUGCGCUCAACUACGGUGCAGAAGCUUACUGCGCUGAAAUUCUCCAUCGUUUCGUUGGCAAGCUAUUCGAAGAUACUUAGCACCUCGUUCUCGUACUUCACACUGCUGAAAGCUAUGUACGAACCCAAUGAAAAGAACGCGAAGUAAA